AUGACAAUGAACUUGGACAAGUGUAUCCUACAGAUAUGCAUGAUGUUGACCCUUUAGAUACGUCUGGGGAAAAUGGGAAUUUAGAGCACCAUGACCAUGAAUUAAUUGAAGAGCCGGAUCCGUUAGUAUAUGAAUCUAAACAAGAAGUAAACAGUUUGCCGCCAGAACUACAAUCUAUUAGUCAACCGCAAUCAGGGUUAGAUCAUCCGAGAUUCCAACAGCAACGAGGAAGAGGACGCCGUGGGAGGGAUCAAGACGAUUCUGUAAUCCAAGUUGUGUCUAGUGAAAGAGAGGCUGCUUUGGAAGAAUUGGAACCAAUGUAA